ACUAGAGUGAACGCGGCUCUGUUUACAUCUGCGGAAUUUCCCAGCUCGCGCCGCGAACCACUUCCGCAAACCUCUGGCCGAUGAAAGACGCGUCUCCGUCAAGAUACAGAAAGAGCUCCCCUUUUCAUUAAAAACAAAAAACUACCGGUAAAAUACAGUACAGGGAAGCAUGUUUGGUAAGUGACGGGGGUGACCGAUGGAGGGAAAAGGCCCAUAUCGCAUCUAUGACCCCGGUGGGAGCGAUUGCCAGGUGAAAGACGAGGCCAGCAGCCUCAGCUACAGAAAGCUGCUAGAGGAAAACGCCGUUUUGAGGGAGAGAAUGAAAGGUCUGAAGAGUUUAGGAAACCUGUUAGAGGAGUCUCAGACAGAGGCAGCCAAGCUUCGGAAGAAGGUGGAAGAGCUUGUGAGGGAUAACGAAGUGCUGAAGUCGUCCACGACCAGCUUUGCCUCCAGUCUGUGCAUGGACACACAAGGUCAUGGAAAACAUCAUGCUUAUCCUACAACAGAAAGACAAGAAUCUCGGGAUUGUUUAACGGGAAAUACUUUACAACCAGAGACAACUGAAAGUUCAUCUGAGUUUGAGGUGGUGAAUAUGGAAGAGAAGACGUCCUCAGAAACCCAGACAGCUGGAGUGAUUCACCUGCCUCAGGAGAACAUGGAGCUGGCGAGUCAACUCCGGCGACUGGAGAGUUCUUUUAGUGUAUUUGCUGAAGAGUCCAAUCCCAACCAGCUGCUGGCUCACCUGGGCCGCAUGGCUGUGGAAUUCCACCACUUAUCAUCCAAGGUCCAGAAGAACGAACAGAGAACAUCUUUACUACAGACUCUCUGCGAACAGCUAAGACAAGAAAACAGUGAGCUUAGGAAAAAAAUGGAGGAGGACCUCCAGUACCGUAACCGUGAUUUGGAACAGCUGAGGCAGGAGAACUUGAAACUGAAGGAGCAGGUCAGCGGAGGAGCCCACGCAGCACCUAUUGAGCAUCCGAGCCCAAAGGAGGAGCCAGUGAAAGAAGAGACAACCAAAACUAAGUCUGGAAAAGCUUUGGAAAAAACACCAUCUAAGACUUGCGAUCCGGAGGUGUAUGAGAAAAAGAUCAAGCUUCUGGAGAAACAGAGGAAAGAUGUACUGGAGGUGAACAAACAGUGGGACAUUCAGUGGAAUUCAAUGAAGACACAGUUUGAGCAGAAGAUCACAGACUUACGGCAGCGGCUUGCUGACUCCCAAAAGGCAGUGCUUGAGCUCGAAGCAGAACGUGAACAAAGACAAAGAGAUUAUGACAAAAAACUCCUACUGGCAAAGUCUAAGAUCGACAAUGUGCAGGGCGAGAAGGAGUGCCUCACCUCAGAAACAUGUGAGUUGAAACAAAAGGUGCGUUACCUGCAGGACCAGUUACUACCGCUUACUAAACAAAGAGAAUACCAGGAGAAAGAGAUCCAGCGGCUUAAUAGGGCAUUAGAGGAAGCUUUGAACCUCCACUCACCCUCUUCCACCCAGCCGGGCAUGAACCUGGGAGAGGGUGUGGCCAACCUGAGACAGCAGGAGCUGCACACACAGAUAGCUGUAUUGAAGGAGCAGGUGAAAAUCUUUGAAGAGGAUUUCCGGAAGGAGAGGAGCGAUAGAGAGAGGAUGAAUGAAGAGAAAGAAGACCUAAGGCGGCAGGUGGAAAGACUGCAGGGUCAACUGACCAAUCUGACAAAUCAGCUUCAUCAAGCACAGAAUGAGUGUCAGAGAGAGCGUGCAGAGAGGUGUAAACUAGAGAGACUUCAGAUGCAACACAAGCAGGAGGGGCAACAGGAAAGGAGGACAUCCGAUCCCACUUCUGGCUCGGCCAAUGGCCCGAUGAGCCCUCCAUACUGUGGCCCGUUUGUACAGGUGGGCCAUCAAGGUCUAGAGGGGUGGCCCAUACACUUCCCACCCAGGAUGCCUAACAUCAGUACAGCACCUGGCAGGGAUUUCCAGCCUGUCAACCCUGGUUUUCCCUGGCAGUCAUCCUUCCCACAGCCACGUGGUUCCAGAGGACAAGCAGACACAGCGAGACCCCCUCCAGAAACUGCAGAAAUGGGAGCAACUGGAUUUGGGAAAAGGGAGCGUCAGAACAUAGACCCCGGAAAGCACUAACCACAUAUUCUCUCUCCUGGAAUGGCUCCCAGCUAGUAGCAUGAUGCAGUUUAUUUUCAUUCGGCAUGGUGUGAACUAUUGUUUUUUUUUUCUUUUUUUUUUCCUACUGUGUGUAUAUAUAUAUAUAAAUAUAUAUAUAAAUAUCUACCACUGAUGAAAACGUUGUUUAUAUACUUAAGUUUUAUAAUCCUGUUUGUGAAACACUGUUCACUGCAAAUUAAGAAUAUUUCCAUUUAUUAUUUGACCUUUUUAUGAUUGUUGAAGUUUAAAUUAUCUGCUUUAUAUAAUUCUAUGCAGGAAUGGAAGUCAGUUAUUUAAUGGAUAAUAAUAUGAUUGAACGUUAUUCUUAUAACAGUCUACCUAUACAGUGAGAUCUCCACCACUUAAACAAUAGCCACCUGAAAACAUCAUAUUUAGUGAUUCCCUGACACGUGUUGGUAUUGCUUGAGACUGACUGAGAAAAUAUGCCCCACCCUUUAUUGAAACCAUAUACAACACCUGUUAACCUUUCCAUCUAUUAGAUUAUGUUCUGGGAACACGUUAAUAAGCGCUUCACAUGGCUUGUUCAUCUUUCAGAUAUAUGAUUGUAAUUGAAGGGAUAAUCGAUCAUGGAAGGCUUUCAUCUGGACGACAGAAAUAUCACAGUAGUUUUGCUUAAUAUAUUUUAUUCAGUGUUUAAAAACAUUAUUCCCGAUGUGCAAAUGAAAGUGAUAAGUUAUUUAUAUCUAUUGUUUUGACAGCUGAGGUUUCUUGUCUUAAGUGAUGUUGUCUUUAGUGUAUUGUUUUGUGUCUGCCUUUACAUAUUGUAGCUACUGAAAGACUGUAGGAUGUGAGUUUGUGUGUUUGUGCAUAUGCAUAAUCAGAGGAAGUGGGCCAGAAUAAAUAAGUUAAUGUAUCACAUUAGUGCAGCCCACUUUCAUUGGUCUCAUUUUUGAUAUGGGCUGAACAUGAGGAGCAAGUUACCAAAUGUCUGAUUACAAUGGGUCCAGUGUUGCAUUUAAAACAUUGUCAUAUGUUUGGAACAGGGUAAGAAUCAUAUCCUUUCUGCUUUUAAGGUCAUCUGUCAUCAUGAAGGCUGUUUUUCUCCACAUGUGCAAUGUCUCCAACCUUACUGACCAAUGCUUUGAACUGAAUGCAAAAAGGUUUGUAUGCUCACAAAAUAUUCCCAAAGGAGAGCAACUUUUAAAUGGUGUGAUACAUGUCAUGUAAAUGUAAAAAAAUUAAAAAGGCAGGCAUUUAUUUGAUAAAUAUUUAGUUGUAUUUAACCAACAGAACGAGUUAAGAUCAGUGUUUUCAAGCUGAAAUGAUUUUGAGCUGGAUUGCACUCUGAGAUGUGUGCUUUAUUAACUCGUUUCCAUCAUUUACUGGUUGGCAGUUUUGUGCUUUUUGGAAUGACUCUUUUUCUCCAGUGGGUGAAAGCAGACCUCAUGUGAAACUUUUGUAACUGAUUAGUAUAAUAAAUAUAUUCCAACUGUCUAAACCUCCAAAUGUUAUUGUGUGAGAGUUAAACUGCAAGUUGCAUCACCAUAUCUGGCAUUCCCUGACAUGCAAUAACCAGAAGAAAGCGUUUUGUUUCUUGCAUUUCAGUCUUUAUUUACUGAACAUCCACAGAAGGGCAGUAAGUUCAAAGGGUUGUUUAGGAAAUUAGACAUAACCGAAAAGGGACAGCAAAGCAGCCUGAAUGCACUAAGAGCUGCCGCUGACCCUCGGCCUCAGGUCAGGCACCACAGAGUGUCUGUUUUCAAGCCUUCCCAUCAUCAACAUGCCAGUCUCCAAACCGACCCCUUGACAGCCUCCUGAAGGCGUUUACUUAAAUUUCAUACUGUUCAAAUUCUUAUAACAAUAAUCAAAUUCACAAAGGUUUGUUUUUUUGUAACUUCGCCAUGUUAUUUUGCUGUUACGGUGUUUCUGCGAGUCUGAAAAAGUCUUACUUCACCCAUUCCAAUUCCUUAAAAGGUCUUAAUUCACAGUAGAACAUCUUAAAUUCAUAAUGUAAUGGGAUUAAAUGUUGCAUGCACAUGCAAAAAAAAAA